UCCAGGCUCAAUUUGCUUUCAAUAAAAGUCUCUCUCCACUUCAAGAAUUCAGCUGAAGACUCCAGAGCUUUCUUAACUCUAUAUAAAUCCCUCACCCUCCUGCCUUUACCAUCAGAUCAUAAGCCAAGAAAGCACUGCAAAACACAAUAUUCAAAGUUCACACCUUUUCGAGAGAUGGCGAUUUCGAGAUCUUUUCCCAUCACCCUUUUAGUCCUAUUUGCAAUAAUUUUGAUGAAGACAGAUGCAUUGGCACCCUAUGCUGGUAAGAGCCUGCUGGACAUGCUGAUGCUGCCAAUGGAAGACCCUUUCAGAAUUCUUGAACAAACUCCAAUGACAAUGCCUAAAGGACUUGUGGAAUCCGUGGCCAUGGCUCGGGCUGACUGGAAGGAGACCUCAGCAGCCCACAUCAUCUCCCUGGAGAUCCCGGGGAUCAAGAGAGAGGAUGUGAAGAUCGAGGUGGAGGAGAACCGAGUGUUGAGAGUGAGCGGGGAGCUGAAAGCAGAGGAAGAGAUUGAAGGAGAGAAAUGGCAUAGAGCGGAGAGGACUAGUGGCAAGUUCUGGAGACAGUUUAGGUUGCCUGGAAAUGCUGACUUGGAGAGAGUUUCAGCAAAUCUUGAUCAUGGGGUGUUGAAGAUUGUUGUGCCCAAGUUGGCUGAGGAGAAGAAGAAGGAGCCGAGGGUGAUUAGUAUUGCUGGAGACAGUGGAAGUUCUGGUGAGAGUGUCAAGACGUCGAAAGCCGAGCUUUAGAAGGAUCAAUACCUGUUGAUCUAGUCUCAACAUUUUGCUGUGUGUGUGUGUAGAACAGCUAGCAGAGGAAGAGCUUGUAGUUUGUGUGUGAUUGAGGUUUGCUAAUUUUGUGUCAAUAAAUGUAAGUAAUGUAAUUCGCUUAAUAGAAAUAAGUUGUAUUUCUACUCUUUCACUACAA